CGCUAGCAAUUUUCCAGAGUGGAGCCGCCCUCGAAUGGUCCGCCAACCGAAACCUGCCCCAGGAAAAGAGAAGUUCGAUCAAAGUUCACACGACUACCACUACCCUUUCCCCCCUCAACCAUCAACCCCAGCGAGCGCAAAUCUGCCCGAAUCACCUCCAGAUUUCAUCAGUCAACAUCCUGCUCGCUAAUCAAUCGAUCAAGUUCAUCCUCAUCACGAUCAGUCAAGAUGGUUCUCGCCGUUGAUCUUCUGAACCCCAGCCCAGCUGCGGAGGCCAAGAAGCACAAGCUCAAGACUCUGGUCCCCGCUCCACGAUCUUUCUUCAUGGAUGUCAAGUGCCCCGGCUGCUUCACCAUCACCACCGUCUUCUCCCACGCCCAGACCGUCGUCAUCUGCCAAGGAUGCACCACUGUGCUGUGCCAGCCCACCGGUGGCAAGGCUAGAUUGACUGAGGGUUGCUCUUUCCGCAGAAAGUAGAGGAUUCGCCUUCUAUUUCUUCUGUUUUGGGAAUCGGUCACGACAUCAUGGUACAGCUCGGAUAUCUGCAAAAGCUCUCUCACGAAGGCAUGGGCGCAUAGAGAAAUGGGUAUCUUCUCCUGGACAUAAUCGAACGACGUCACGUAUCCUUUUACGCCCCGCCCUG